UGGAGAUUGUUUGGUACUGGCAUGGCUUGAUCCCCCUUUUGAAACCACAGGAUUUUGAAGAAAUAGUCGACAAGACGUAGGAACUCGAUGAUGAAAAGAACCGAAGUCAGGCCGUUGAAGAUUUUGAAUACCGUAGACCAAUGAAAUGGCCAACCAGCGUUUUGACUCAUACAAGGCAACAAAACCAAAAAAUUCCCUCUUUCAUAGGGCGGGGUGAUUCUCACGUCUACAGGUUUAAACUUAUGCCUGGCGUCUUUGGUCCUGUGCUCGUACAUAUAAACCCUCGUAAACAAGCCAGUAGUGCCUGAAGAAGGCUCACUUUUUAUUCCCUCUCACCAUUCUCAAUGGCCAUGCCACAGUCAAAAUUGUCUCAACCGUCAUUGGAAUCGGCGGCUACCACGGAGAAUUCUCUCACUACUUUGGUGAAGUUAUUCAGUGUGGAUAUGGUUGCUGCUGGAUCAUCAUCUUUCGCCGUGUCUCCUUUUAUUGCUAUUGUCGAUAGGUCCAUUAUCGAGAACACCAACGGCAAAACUCCUCUAGUGCAAGGCCUCAAGCAAGGCUUCGCUACUUUUUUUUCCCAACCUUUCAAAUUUAUUACUACUAGGCAAUUCCGUCUGGUCUAUGCCAUUUACUUUAGUACCUACCUGACCGCUAAUGUCAUUGAUACAAGCUGUGAGCACCUCAGCCGGGACAAGACUCAGACCUCGGCUGCAAAGUUCGUCGGUACAACUGCGGUCAAUAUGUCUGCAUGCAUAUACAAGGAUAGAGCUUUCACUAGAAUGUUUGGUACAGUUGCUACAAAGCCAUUACCCGCCCUAUCAUAUCUUCUGUUUGCCGCAAGAGACUCUCUCACCAUCGCUGCAAGUUUCAAUGCUCCCCCCAUCGUGUCUCAAUGGAUCCAAACCGAAGGCAUAUUAAAAAGUACCAAGGCAAGCGACACCAUAAGUCAACUCGCAUGUCCAGCUAUCAUGCAAGUCUUAAGUACUCCACUUCAUUUACUUGGACUUGAUCUGUACAACAAUGCAUCCUCUACGCCAGGCCAGCGCUUCUCACUUAUCCGAAGAGAGUACGUUAAAAGUGUUUUAGCCAGAGUGGGCAGAAUCGCCCCAGCCUUUGGAAUAGGCGGUGUAGGCAACAAUUACGUUCGAUCCUACCGACAACAGAUUCUCGCCAACCAAUAAGUCUGGGGAUUUUUGCUCGUUUCCUCCAUGUUUUUUGACCCUUCAUUGUAUAAUUUUUGACAGCAAACCCUAUUCACAUUAUUGGCAUCAUUUUUUUUUCUCCUCUUUGUACUCCGUUUGUACCUCCAUCCAUUGACAAACUGGGGAACUCCU